AUGAAUAAAAAAAAGUGGAUAAAAAAAUUCGGCUUGAGGUUCCCGAAAAGUCGGCCUUUCGUGUACAACGACCACGGGAACAAGAUAGUCACCGCAUUGACGUUCGACGACUCCCAUGAGCUGGUUUGGCUUGGAGACUCGGAUGGGUACAUCUAUUCGUACGAGGGGGUCAAGCUCGGACUGUAUAGCUCGUCAAGAGCGCACAACGGACCUGUUCUCCAAAUUCUCAACCACAAGAAAGGAAUUGUCUCCUUGGCAGCUGACGGUAUCCGGUUUGGCUCCAGACAAGGACUUUCUCAAUACACGGUCAAGUCUCCGCCUGAAACGCAGUUUUUCGCCAUGGCAUACACAUCCAACACGCAGACCGAGUUGCUCGUGGGCACGAACUCGAAUCUGGUGAAAAUCGACCUUACAAAGGGCGUGUUAUCGUCAACUCUUGAAUACAACCAUCCUAUCCAGUACAUGUCUUCCAAUCUGCAAUAUGUGGUGCUGGGAAGAGUGGACGGAACCGUUGAUAUCAUGGACUCAAAGACAUCGCAAGUGGUUAAGACGUUUUAUGCGCAUUCAGCCGCACUCUCCUCCAUAGCCUUAAGAGACAACGUUCUGCUCACGUCCGGCUACUCUUUAAGACAGGACCAAUACGUUCUGGAUCCAUUUGUGAACGUGUUUGACCUCAAGAAAAUGACACAGGGCAUUCCAGCCGCAUUCCCUGCCGGUGCGUUGCAGGCACAUCUCCACCCGAAAGCACCCAACGUUGCAGUUAUCGUGUCCAGCAUGGGCCAGAUCAAUUUCAUCGACAUCUGCGACCCGGCCAAACUCCAUCUGUACCAGGCGGACAUCUCGUCGUUUCUUACGAUAUCCGACAUCUCGGCCACGGGAGAGUGUUUUGCCUUUGUGGAUGCUAUGCAGACACUCCAUUUGUGGUCCGACCAGAUGAUGAGACCUCCGAAUUUCGCAGUGCUCAGCCAGGAACCGCUCAGACCCACGCUGGACGUGGAGACCAUUCCGCCGGAAAACCACUUGUCUUUCGACACUGACGCUCCGUACAACCUGAUCAAGCUUCCUCGGUACGAGUCGAUGCUCCUGUCUGCCUGGCCGUCCGAUUUGAAAUUCGAGGUUGGCAAGCUGCCUCCGCAGAUCGACCCGGAGAUUCUUCGCGACUCGAAGACGAUUGACGGGUUCACUAUGGCGCCGUACAACAAGGACAAAUUUGGGCCGCGCAACCUGCACGUGAAACAGCGGCCAUUGAAGACUAAGAAGCACGCAGACACCAAGUUCCCCAAGUUUUUAAGUGAAAGAGAGGACGACUACGAGGAAAACGAGGAGAGCGUUCGGUUGAAGCAGGAGAUGAUGUCCAAUGCCUUUGAGUAUGUGCCAAAGGACGGCGAGGUGCCGAACGCGUUCAAAAAGACAGACAUUCUGUACAGCAAGUUUGGAGUGGACGAUUUCGACUUUACUUUCUACAACAACACGCAGUACGCUGGUCUCGAAACGCACGUUGACAACGCGUACACAAACGCAAUGAUCCAGCUGUACCGGUUCACGCCGCCGAUUUUCAACUUUGUGGUGCGCACUCUUGCGGAAGAUGUCCGGUACGACGAUUGUGUGCUUGCGGAACUGGGGUACUUGCUGGACAUGCUCGUGAAGGCCAACGGACGAAACGUGGUGGCUGCCAACUUCCAGAAACUGUUCAGUUCUCUUCCCCAGGCGCGCGAGCUGGGGCUGCUGAACCCGGACGGCAAGACCCGCAACGAUCGCGGCCAGCGCAAGCUCGCACACCUGUUUUCCAAGUUUUUGGCCGAGUGUCUGGCCAAGGACGAGCUGGCAUUGUACCACCAGGAAACCUCUGUUCACGUGGACGGUAUCUGUGGGAUUCCAGCACACACUUUGCUGCGGUCUCCUUACUGCUCGUUUGAGCACAAGAGCUCCACGACGGUGUACUCGCUCGACCUGAACGUUGUUCCGAGCCCUGCUGUUUCCGGGGUCACCAUUCUGAACUACCUGGAAGCAUCCAUGAACAAGACGUUGCAACACAACAUCUUCUGCCAGCAAUGCGACCGCGUGCACGCAAUCGAGGCGGUGCUGAGCAUCGAGCAGUUGCCAAACGUGCUGAUGUUGAACGUUGACCUGACAAACGAGCAGAUGAACGAGGUGCGUGGGUUUGACGACUGGCUGGUCCCGGAGUUCUACUCUGCUCCUUCGCACACGGGACGGCCGGUGGUGCGUCCGAACGCGAUCGCCGGCAGCGGGCUGGCCAAGUACGAGCUGGUCGGGUUUGUCGCACAGAUCACGUCCAGAGACAGCACCAACCAUCUGGUGACGCUGGUGAAGUUGCCGUCUGGCGAGUGGCUGUUGCUGAACGACUUUUUGGUGACCAAGAUCUCUACGGAGGAGGCAUUGAACCUGACUUACUGGUGGAAACGGCCGGUCACCGUGGUUUACAGACAACAGGACGGGACCGGGUUCGAUUACGACGGGUGGAAGUCGGUGAUAGACGACUCAAUUCUCUACAGAGACCACUUUGCACAGGGAACCAGAGAAGGAAAGAAGAUCGAGUACGAGCUUCUGACCAGAGCUGAGGCUCCAAAACCAGGCACCCUGGUGGCGAUCGACGCGGAGUUUGUUCAGAUGGCUCCCGAGGAGUACAAUUUCCGUUCGAACGGGUCGAAAGUGCUGGUGAGACCGAAACGGGUCUCUCUGGCACGGGUGUCCAUUAUUCGCGGAGAGGGACCAAAAGAAGGGGUGUGCUUUAUCGACGACUACAUACUGACGGAUGAGUCCAAGAUCGACGACUAUAUCACGUCGUUCUCGGGGAUCGAGCCGGGCGACCUGACGCCAGACAAGUCCGACAAGACGCUGGUGACGCUGCAGACGGCGUACCGCAAGAUCUGGCUGCUGUUGAACCUGGGGUGUGUGUUUGUCGGCCACUCGUUGGGCGGCGACUUUCGCACAAUCAACAUCCAGGUGCCGCCGCAGCAGGUGCGCGACACGGCAGAGUUGUUCUAUUUGAAGCGGGAAAAGCGCAAGCUGGGACUCAAGUUCCUGAUCUACCAGGUGUUCAACGACAGGGUGCAGACGGGCAACCACGACUCGAUCGAGGACGCGUACUCGGCACUGCGGCUGUACCGCAAAUGGCUGGAGCUGAAAGCGGCCGGCGAGCUGGACGACGCUCUCCAGAGAAUCUAUCUAGAAGGCCAAGGCGUUGUCUCGCGCACGUCUUCGGCGUCGAACGAGUCGACCUCCUCCUCCUCGGACGAGUUGACCGACCUGGCCGACUUGGGCGACUUGGGCGAGUCCUCUCUGGUGCCCAGCAACCAGCGAUGUUUCCCCGGCUUGGAUGUCACCACCUUGAGAUUGGUCAUCGACUUGGUGCGCUCACCGCCCAGCAGAUACAUCACCGACUUGUUGUGGUUCUUGUUCUUGAGCAUGUCUGCGCUGGACUUGGACCGCGAGAAGUUGGGUCGUUCCGCCUCUGCCAAAGAGCUCCCCCCCGAGUCGUUGCUCUUGAUCCGCGUGAGCUUGUUCAAGUGCGCCCCGUACGACGAAUUCCUCGCCAGCUUGCCCGCAGUGAACUUCUUGACCGGUUUCUUGCGCGGCUCGUCUUUCAACGACACUGAAGACUUGCCCCGAGGAAGACCCACCGACAUGACAAAAAUUAAAUAUUAA